AUGAUGCAAGCCACACCGAUCCCUGCGACGCCCGCGGAGCCUUACGCGUAUGUGAAGGAGCCCUUAGUACAAGUAGAACAGCCUACGGUCGAGGUACCGGAACCAGAGCCGCGAUUUCUCCACGAGCUCUCGUCCGUGGACCGUCUUUUCAUCAACAAGCGCCUCAGAGUGAAGAGCGUACUGUUUCUGCGGGGGAAGAAGAACAGGUUCUACGUGAGGACGCCUGAACAGAGUCUGGUGUACACCAUCGAGGAAGAAAAUAGCUGGUGGGUGGGCUACUUCUGUUACGGUCUCCGACCACUACAGCUGCACGUGAGAGACCAGACUGGAAAAGAGGUGAUGCGCAUCAACCGCCCCUACGCCUGCACAUCGAGAGUGUUACCGUGUCACCUGCAGCGUAUACAAGUGUUUUCUCCGCCAGGAACAAGUAUAGGCAGCAUUGAGCAGAUCUGGACGGCGGUGAGACCAGAGUAUGUUGUCAAGCGAGAGGACGGCGAGGAAAUCUUCUGGAUUCGUGGACCAAGAGUGACCAUCAGCUGCUUCCGCGACAUCAAGUUUCACAUCUACAAGGCGGAUGGAGCAGCCGUCGGGAGUACUUGCAAGCGCUGGCAGGGAUUACUGCAUGCUAUGUUCUUGGCACCUGUUACUGAUCGAUUUGGCGUCGCCUUCGAGAGAGAUCUGUCGGUUGAAGAAAAAGCGUUACUUCUUGCAGCGACGUUGUUGCUAGAUUAUAUGUACUAUGAUGUAUAGUUCAUUUAUAUUUAAAUAUAUUUUGGCAUUUUUAAUAUA